UCAAAAGCUUUUCCCAUCUCUGUUCUCAACAAAGCCAACAGUUAUGGUGAGAGUGUUUCUUCUUUACAGCCUCUUUAACUCCUUUCUUCUUUCUUUAGUCCCCAAGAAGCUCAGAGUUCUCUUCCCUCCUUCUUGGUAUAUCGACGACAAGAACCCACCACCAGUACCGUCUCAAUCGGAAACUGAAUCUCCGGGGAGAACAGAUCCGGUGGAUCUAAAACGAGUGUUUCAAAUGUUCGACAAGAAUGGAGACGGUCGCAUCACAAAGGAAGAGCUAAACGAUUCUCUAGAGAAUCUAGGAAUCUUUAUGCCUGACAAAGAUCUGAUCCAGAUGAUCCAGAAGAUGGAUGCAAAUGGAGAUGGGUGCGUAGACAUAAACGAGUUUGAGUCUCUUUACGGUUCGAUUGUGGAGGAAAAAGAGGAAGAGGACAUGAGAGAUGCGUUCAACGUGUUUGAUCAGGACGGUGACGGUUUUAUCUCUGUUGAGGAGUUGAAAUCUGUGAUGGCUUCCUUGGGGCUCAAGCAAGGUAAAACCCUAAAGUGUUGUAAAGAGAUGAUCAUGCAAGUGGAUGAAGAUGGAGAUGGUAGAGUCGAUUACAAGGAGUUUCUUCAGAUGAUGAAAAGUGGUGGCUUUAGCAAUAGAGCAUGAGUUGAUCUUUUUUUAUAUAUUUUGCAGGUUUCCAUAGUUUUUAUAUAUAAUCGUCAGUUAGUCUGUUUUCUCUGUAAAUAUAUUCUAAAAUUCCAAUUGUUGAAAAAAAAUUGACUUUGUCA